AUGUCUCGCUUACUUUCCAUCAUUAAAUCCUUCCUCGUUUCCAUUCCGUGUUUGAGUGGAUGGGCUGAUGUAAAUACACAAUCGUUAACGGCCACAUCAUACCUCUCUUCAAAAUCGUAUAGUAAAAUUCCGAGAAUAAUAUGGACGUUAUUAUUCUUCUCAUUGCUGGUGAUGAAUAUAUUCUUGGUUGGAUUGUUUUUGGAUUUGGAGGCUUCUGGAGUAUUGUAUUAUAAGGCUUAUGAGUGUAAGAGAAAUACAGACAGGAGUGGUGAUGAUAUUAUAUUGAUUCAUCAGGGUUCCGAUUUUUACUAUAAUCUUAACGUAACAUUGUCCAACGAUAAGGCAGUUCUGUUUCAGAGUGUCAUUUGGAGAGAGUUUUGUAAAUCCUCUUCGGAAGAGAGCGCAAAAAGUUGUCUUCAUGAUCAUGUCGGAGAUGGUAAUAUGGAUGAUGAUUUCCCAUGUUUUGCCAUUGAGAGUAAUGUGGAUAGAGUUUUUGCAGAGAAGAAGCAGAUUGUUGAUGGUAAAUCAGAAAUUCAAAUUACUACAGAAUUGUGGAGCAUAUUUACUUCGGAACUUGCAUGGAUUAUUCCAUUGGGAAUUGCUUUCAUAAUGUUCUGUAUCGUGUGCUAUGUGGUGUAUGGAUUCAAAUACUUGGAUGGUAGAUCUAGAUUUUCCAUCGAUCGAUUUUUCAAACAAGUUUUUCCUGAUCCCUUCAGAUUGAAUGGAGAAAUUUCAACAUAUAGGUUGGAAGAGAGUCCAAAUUUACAAAUUGUCUUGCAAGAUGCUACCGAACGUCACAAAGAAGUGUUCCUACAUUUGGACAAGCGUUCGACGGCUGAACAUCGUGGCACAGAAGACGCAGAACAACAGCACGAGCCAUCCACCCAACUUCAAGAAAUGGCUCUCGAUCUACCCAAUGCAUAUGAACAUUCAGACAAGGAGCACCCAGUAUUCAUUUUGUUAAGAUGCACUGCCAUUCAGGAGCAUGAAACCUUAUUGUACUAUGAACGUACUUCGACAGAUCACAUGAAAAAUGCAAAAAAGACUACCCUCCGUAAUUUGAAAAUUUGGUGGUUUUUGACCAUUUCCUUGUGUAUAAUUCUGCUCAUAGUUUCCUUAAUUUUCCUUUUUGCUGUGCAGAGGGUACUUUUAGCUGUAUUUUUCUGGGAAAUUGGAAUCAUUGCUAGUCUAUAUUUGAUUCAUGCCACCCUCACUACAACAAUUCCAAUUUACAAUGGCUUGCAUUACAUGAUCACGAGUAGUCGUGUGGUUAUUAUUGAACCCUGGCCGCUUGGUUUAGGUUAUCGUAUUUAUUGGAUUCCUCACGACAAAAUUUCUAGUGUUUGGUACGGUUCUGUCGAGACGGAAAUUCCAACCAACCGUGUCACACUUGAAGAUCAAAAAGAAGGAAAGCUUCUAGCAGAUAUCAUUACAGCGAAGGAAGAAUCUGUUCAAGGAGCUCUCCUGGACUACUCGACAGAUGUCAAGUCUGUGAUUGACUUGAUUGAGGAACAAAAACAAACUCAUAAGGCUCAAUUUAGUAUUGAAUGA